AUGGAUGUAAUCUCUGAUUUGACAACAGGUAUUUGCAAAGUCCCAGACGAAGUAAUCCGUCCAGUCCUCAGCGAGCUGCUGACAGCAGAGUCGGGGCAGAGCGUCUCCAGCGCACAGCAUCCAGAAUUCCGUGGUAAAGAGACUGUAAACAUGGGGCGUCAGGAGGCCGACCUCGUGUGGAAGAAGGACACGGAAAACAUCCAGGAGAUUUUUGACGUCAUGGACGAGCUGGGAUCGGGGGCGUUCUCAGAGGUCUACAUGGUGAAGGAGAAGAAGACGGGGAAGAUGUUUGCCAUGAAGUGUGUGAAGAAGAAACAGAAGAGGGACCUGAACCUGGAGAAUGAGAUCGCUGUGCUGAGGAGAAUCAAACACGAGAACGUGGUGGGGAUGGAGGAUUUUUAUGAAAGUCGGACUCAUUACUACCUCGUUAUGCAGCUUGUUUCAGGAGGUGAGCUCUUCGAUCGAAUUCUGGAUCGAGGGAUGUACUCAGAGAAAGAUGCCAGCAGUGUGAUCCAGCAGGUGCUUCAGGCCGUCAGCUACCUGCACCAGAGCGGCAUCGUGCACCGAGACCUGAAGCCGGAGAACAUUUUGUACUUCAGCCAAGACGAGAACUCAAAGAUCAUGAUCAGUGACUUUGGCCUCUCAAAGAUGGUGGACAACGACAUCAUGUCGACAGCUUGUGGCACCCCAGGAUAUGUGGCUCCUGAAGUGUUGGCACAGAAACCCUACAGUAAGGCAGUGGACUGCUGGUCUAUUGGAGUUAUCACGUACAUCCUACUCUGUGGAUAUCCUCCUUUCUAUGAAGAAACUGAGUCCAGACUCUUCUCAAAGAUCAUGAAGGCUCAGUACGAGUUUGACUCUCCAUUCUGGGAUAACAUCUCUGAAUCUGCGAAAGAUUUUAUCCGUAACAUGAUGCAGAAGAAUCCCAGCAUGCGAUACACGACUGAGCAAGCUCUCAGACAUCCCUGGAUAAUCGGAAAGACGGCACGGAGCCAGGACAUCUACUACUCUGUCAGCGUCCAGAUCCAAAAGAACUUCGCCAAGUCCAAGUGGAAGCAAGCCUACAAUGCCGCCGUCGCCAUCAACCACAUGAAGAAGCUCCAGCUGGCUCACUCAGAGCUGGUCCUGAGGCAGGCCAGCAUCCCUGACAUCAAGGUCAUUGACGUAUCCUCCCCUGAGAAGAACCACAAACAUCUCGAUCCUGACAAACUCGACCCAAAGUUGGCGGAAGUCAACGGGAAGUCCCCCGGGAACAACCACAUGUCUGUGCCUACGAGCAGCGUCGAAUCAAAGAGUCAUUACCACACGCUGAAGGCCACUCAGAGCCACGUCGUCCCGCACCACCCUCACACUAUCGCCGAGCAGGGCAAGCACGUGUACCACUCGGAGCCCGCCAACCUCAACGGGUACGGGAAAAACCGUAAUGGGAAGACUGUGCAGACUGGAGUUUGCUCGAUCAUGUGAAGGCUGCAUAAAGUUUACAUGCAAAACUCGUUUUACUUGGUCAGUGUUACCGUGCCGACUCAGCAUGCUGCUGUUUUGUGUCAGCAGGUCCCUGUCGUACUGAGAA